AGGGGCGGCGGCGUGGGGGCAGCAGAUGCUGCUAGUGGCGCGCGGGAUCCGGGCGCAAGCAGAGCGCAGCCGCGAGGGAGGCGCGGGGGUGGCGAGCCGGAGCCGGAGCUCGAGCCCGAGCAGCAGCCGCUAGUGUUGGCGGAGAGCACCCGGGCGCAGCCAGAGCCGCCGCCGCCGCCGCGAUGGCCGUGGCCGUGGGGAGACCAUCUAAUGAAGAGCUUCGAAACUUAUCCCUUUCUGGCCAUGUUGGAUUUGACAGUCUCCCCGACCAGCUGGUCAACAAAUCAACUUCUCAAGGAUUCUGUUUCAACAUCCUUUGUGUUGGCGAGACGGGCAUCGGCAAAUCCACGUUAAUGGACACUUUAUUCAACACCAAAUUUGAAAGUGAUCCAGCAACUCACAAUGAACCAGGUGUCCGGUUAAAAGCCAGAAGUUAUGAGCUUCAGGAAAGCAAUGUGCGGCUGAAGUUAACCAUCGUUGACACUGUGGGAUUUGGAGAUCAGAUCAAUAAAGAUGACAGCUAUAAGCCGAUCGUGGAAUAUAUCGAUGCCCAGUUUGAGGCCUACUUGCAAGAGGAACUGAAGAUCAAACGUUCUCUCUUCAACUACCAUGACACCAGGAUCCAUGCAUGCCUCUACUUCAUCGCCCCCACUGGCCAUUCGCUCAAAUCCCUGGACCUGGUCACCAUGAAGAAGCUGGACAGUAAGGUGAACAUCAUUCCAAUAAUUGCAAAAGCUGACACCAUUGCCAAGAACGAAUUGCACAAAUUCAAGAGUAAGAUCAUGAGUGAACUAGUCAGCAAUGGAGUCCAGAUCUAUCAGUUCCCUACAGAUGAAGAAACGGUGGCAGAGAUUAACGCAACGAUGAGUGUCCACCUCCCUUUUGCGGUAGUCGGCAGCACCGAAGAGGUGAAGAUCGGCAACAAGAUGGCAAAGGCCAGGCAGUACCCCUGGGGUGUGGUGCAGGUGGAGAAUGAAAACCACUGUGACUUUGUGAAGCUCCGAGAGAUGCUGAUCCGUGUGAACAUGGAAGAUUUACGAGAGCAGACGCAUACCCGCCAUUAUGAGCUGUAUCGGCGCUGUAAGCUCGAGGAGAUGGGCUUCAAGGACACCGACCCGGACAGCAAGCCCUUCAGUCUUCAGGAGACAUAUGAAGCAAAAAGGAAUGAAUUUCUGGGAGAACUUCAGAAGAAAGAAGAAGAGAUGAGACAGAUGUUUGUCAUGAGGGUGAAGGAGAAAGAAGCUGAACUUAAAGAGGCGGAGAAAGAGCUCCAUGAGAAAUUCGACCUCCUCAAGCGGACGCACCAAGAAGAGAAGAAGAAAGUGGAAGACAAGAAGAAGGAGCUGGAGGAGGAGGUGAACAAUUUCCAGAAGAAGAAGGCAGCCGCCCAGUUGCUCCAGUCCCAGGCCCAACAGUCUGGGGCCCAGCAAACCAAGAAAGACAAGGAUAAGAAAAAUGCAAGCUUCACAUAAAGCCUGGCAAGCCAAGGAUGGUCCGCAUUCACCUGCUUUUGCAGUAAUAUUGUAUCUCUGCCAUCUGUGUCCUUUUAUUUUGUUUUAUUUUUAUUUUUCCCCCCUCCCCAGACACCAUAUAACUAUUAACUCAUUUUGCUGAAUGUUGUUGGGUGGUGGAAAAUGAGAGAACAAGGGAGUCACAGCAAAAGCUAUGUGCAGUGGGACUUUGUUUCUGGAAACGCAAAUGACUUGCCGUUUAUGCCUGUUCAGAGUGGCGGCAGCAAGCAUGCCUGUCCUGUGACUCGUGUGUUGCUUGGGAUCAAGGGAAGGAGGCUAAAUUCCUCCAUGUACGUCUGACAGGAAACUUCUCACCACCUCAGCAGCUGAACUGUAAACCUGAAUAGCCCUGACAACUUGCUUUUCUUGAUUAUUCAUCUCCAUGAUGGAAAGGCUCUGAACCCCUUCUGAUUCUUCUCCUCACCUGCCCCAAACCAAGGUAGCUUUGUAUGUAGGCAGAACGGUAGGUGGUAAGCUUUACCUGACUUUUACCCUUGCAUGGAUUUUUUUUUAUUACUAUAACAUUAUUUGGCCUGAAUUGUGGGUCUGUUCAGACUGGUUUGUCUCCUCUUAUGGCUUUAAAAACAUGUCUGAACCCCUACCUUAAGUCCUAGCCAAGUUGGACAGUAAUAAGAAAACUGAUUAUAUUUACUUGUGUCAGGGCAGCCUUGGCCCUCUCACAGAUAGCCCUCUCCAAGGCUGAUCAUACAACGUUCUUAGUAGAAGAGUCUUCUUCUAAGAUUAAUGGGCUUUCUGCAACCUGUUUGCUGCUAACAAUACCCCAUCUUUUCAUAAACACACCUAAAUCUGCUCUCAGUAGGCUGAGGGCGAAGGCCUAAUGAAUGACUCCAGGAUAUCAGUGCUUCGAAUAACAUUUUUCAAUAAUUCCAAGGAGAAAUUUUCCAGAAAUAUUUAAAAUAGAACAUUUGUUAUAAACUGUAUCAUCUUGCAGCACAAGUUUGAGGAGACUUUGUCAUUUUAAGAUAGAAAUGGGAAGGGACAUAACACAAACCCAUGAGUCAAGAAAGCAGAAAUCCAAUUUCACCUCCCAAUGUCCUUGCAUAUUUUGAUACGUGGCCAAAAGAGGGAUGAAGGAAUAGGACAUCUGGUCUUUCAAAUCCAGUUGUCUUGAAGGAAUGGCCUCACCAAGACUCGCUCAACUGCCCUCUUCGUUUAAGACCCAUCACCCCAUCAACAAGAAUUAGGAAUUAGUCACAUUUCAGGACAUAGACUGCAUAUGCCAGAUUUAUAUGGAAAGGAGCAUACCUAAUUUCUUUUCGAUACUUUUCCUUCUUGAGGCUUAUCCUUUCAGUUUCUUAGUUAUCCCCCCUCCCCCCAUAAAAACAAAACACUCCCAGCUUCUCUCUGACUCCAUAGUCUCCAACUUCUUACUUGAAAGAAUAACAUUUCUUAUGAAUCUGACCCUUCACCCCUGCGUUUUCCUUUUGGCCCUCCCUAGUCAUCCAUUAGGUGGGCUUCCCAAGUGGCUCAGAUGAUAAAGGAUCCACCUGUAAUGCAGGAGACACAAGUUCAAUCCCUGGGUUGGGAAGAUCCCCUGGAGAAGGGUCUUCAUUAAGUCAUAUGUUAAGUCACCCAUUAAGUAAAUAGAACACACAUACACACUUAAAAAAAAAAUUUUUUUUUUUUUUUAAUAGUCAGCCUCUAGUUGAUUCCAGUAAAUUUUUCAACCUUCUCUUUAUCCUCAAUGACACUCUUAUGGGAAAGAAGGAAUGGGCUUCCAUGAACUGAUUUAGACUUAAUUAGGCAAAGCAAGGAAUCAGUUUUCAUGGAUGUUCAAACUAAGCUGGGAUAGAAACUGCCAACCAGAAGCAGCAAUAGAGGUAUAAAGACAGGCUUUAGAAGCUCCUGGAUCAGUGUUUUUUGCUUUUGUUUUUGAAUGAUUCUAGUCUGAAGCUAGCUGUGCCGCAGCCAAACGUUAGGUGGCAUGCUGAUUCUAACCGUGGGCUGAAUUUGCUCAGACGCUGUGCCCCAGACAGAAGCUUGAAUACUAGUGCUGUAUGCUUGUUCCAGCCAUUGCUUGUGUGCGCAUUUUUGUGCCUUGUAACAGGAAAUACACUUCUAAAUCCUAAGAAUGCGUCCCUUGAAAAUAACCAUUUUACAUGCAUCACCUAAAGCCUUUUUAAAGUGAGCCCAACCGUGAAAGGCAUCCAGCUGACUUUUUGAUUCCAAGAUUGUUGAUUGAUUUUUUCCCCCAUUAAAUUUUUCACAGAAAAACAAAUCAUGGAGAGUCAGGGAAUAAAAAGUCAAAAGAAACAUAAAAGCUCUCUUUUUUUAAAAAAACUGCGUUGCUUCUGAACUUUUUUCUGCCCCUGCUCCCUGGCCCUGUUUGGUUUGUUAUUGCUGCCCUCUCUUCUUUCUGUAUCUGUGCCUUUUUUCACAGUAGUCCUUGGCUCUGCACGGAGUAAAUGAUACCCUCAAAUCUAAUUGGAUAUGCUUUCGCCUCUGCAUGUAAGUACAGUAGUAAGAAACCUUUGAGAUCUUUUUGGCUUUUUAAUUAGAGAAACAAAUGGGAUAGGUGGAAUUCUUUUUUUUUUUUUUUUCCUGGAUGGGGGUAGGGAGGUAUUGGUUUGAGUAGCCUUUGUUUUCUUUUUUUUAAAGAAAGAAAACUAUAUUUUAAAUGGCUCACAUUUAUCUCUUUUUCACAAGAAACACAGAGAUUUGACUUUUCCUUGGUGUCAGUGUGGAAGUCAGAAAUUAUUAAUCCCAGUCUGUGUUCUACAUAGCAUUGGGGGUUCACUGGAUAUUAUAGAAGGUCCUUGGUUCUUUUUUGUUGUUGUUUUUGGUUGUGCCAUGUGAUCCAGGACUUCAGUUCCCUGACCAGGGGUUGAACCUGAGUCCUCAGCAGUGAGAGCGUGAAGUUGUAACCACUGGACCCCCAGGGAAGUCCCAGAGGGUCCUUGGUUCUGACUGUGUAAGUAAAGCUACAGUGAGAAGCUACUAUCUUCCACUAGAGAAAAACAAGAGAAAGUUUUUCUUCCUGUUACCCUGCCUUUAUGGCGGCUUAGUUUUUUGGUGAUCCUGGUUUAAUGAUCUUUCCCUUGUGCUAACUACUACCAGGGAUCACCUCUUUUUUUUUUUUUUUGCCAAGACAGCUCUUGCUGGCCCUUCCCCAGAUCUUUCGUUCAACCAUUAUGACCAUGCUUUUGCUUCUUCUGGACUUUAGAUACCUAUAACAGUUUUAAGAAGGAUGUGAUGGAAAAGCACUUAUGAGAAUUAAUGGGCAGUUGAGAGACUACCUUUUCCCAGCUUAGGCUCUUUAUUAAUUGGUGAAGGUUUUGUCCAGAAAGGACGCCUCAACCAGGGAACAUUAAACAUCAUGCCGGGCACAGGUUACUCAUCUUCCUUCCCUGCUUUGUGAUCUCACCAGCAAUAACACCUCAUAUCUUGUGCACCUCAAACAAAUAGACUUGGUUUCCCCACUUUCUUGACAUAUCCAUCAGUGUUUCAUAAUACAGACUGUUGAAUCAGGUUUCCAGCUGUUACCGACUCAUGUCAUACCGUCUCUGUGUGGUCCUCCCAAAACUGUGCAUUGAGACCCCUUGCUUUGCCAUUCGCAAGUGUCUGAAGUUGUCAAGUCUCAACUUCCGGAAGUCUUGGUUCUAUUGACAGGAUACAUAUGUGCCGACUCUUUAGGGGGAAAUGAUGACGUACAAAGUCUAGAUUGUAUGUAGGUAUGAAGGGAAUUUUUAAAAUAAAUGGAAGAUUAAGCUGUGAACAGCAUUAGAACUUUGUCUAUUCCUUAAUUUUAAAAUAUGCUGAUAUGCCUUAAACUGUAGUUGUAGAUCAUUGUCAUUUUGCUGUUGGAAAAUAACCAAUGUGUUUUUAAAACUGUUGUGUAAUCUCCUUUCCAUGUUAAUGCAGAAUUGUCAUAUAUGUAAACUCCAUGUUAGACACUUGUCUUUUUUAAAAAACUAAAACAAU